AUGAAGCAAAGGAAACGCCCCGCCCCCGUCCUGGGUUCAUCCAACGGAAACGAAAGUAACAACAGCAACGGACAAGGACCAGACUCUGCAUCUGCAUUCUCCUCCUCAACAGCCUUCCACACAUCCACAUCAACUUCCUCUUCUUCCACCUCUUCAACCGCCCCGUCAUCCAAGACCACCGUCAAAAACGACACCACCACAACUACGACUACAACAAAGUCCAAGACAAGCUCCAACAAGGCAGAUGCCAAGGCGGGACAGAAGCCGGCAGCGGUCCACUCGCAGACCAUGCUCCUCGAACUUCUUGUGACCGUCACCCGCUCUUCCUUGGUGAUUGUCACGCCCUUGGUCGCGGGGAUGAUCCUCCGCGUGGCGCCCACUAUGAUGGAACCUAUCUACGGGAGCAUCUUUAUCGAGGAGGGCUUCCUUGAGUAUUCUCUCGCUUCUGUCAUUGUAGGUGUCGUGCUGGCCAUGAUCUACACCUUCCUUCUCAACAAACGUGCAGCCUCCGCCACCGCCGUUCCUUCAACUUCAAUAGCCGCAGGAAACACGCAUUUGACCGUGGAGGAUCGAUUGGCUGCCGAAGCGACCACUGCAGGACUUCGUAAGGAUGCAGGACUUCGAAGAGGUAUUGUGUCCAGUCUGGAUCUGUGUGGACUGGUCCUUGCGAGCGCGUUCCUGACGACUCACGUUAUGUUCAAGCACAGCGGAGAGUUUGGACCCUGGAGGGGUCCUCACUUGACCCAGUUCGUCCUUGCAUACCCGCUCCUGGCGCUUUUGGGGUUCGCCAAUACUCUGGCCUGUGUCCUGCGGUCGUAUGAGCGUGUCCACAUCAGGACAUGGAUCAGUUGCGUUUUGAUCCAGGUCGGUGCGAUCCUGGGACUGACACUGGUGGUCUUCCAGAUGGCACCUCAGGGGCAGAGCUGCCCCCGCGUCUAUUCCUCUGCCAUCUUGGUUGCAGUCAUCUCCAGUCUCCACAAGUUGCUGGCAUUUAUCCACGGUGAAGUCGCCCUUCCAGAUGAACGCCUUGAGAGCAGCAGGAGAAAGCCCCAGACGGCGUCUAGCCGAGCAUCGCUGGCGGUGAGCUUUAUCCCUCUGGUACUGGUUCUAGCCCUGACGGCUCAGAAUGUGACCCGCAACCCUCAAUGCCAGGCAUCGGUCGUCAAGGCGCACAACGCAGUCAAUGGCAAUUACACCAUCCUGGCAAGAAACGAGAGUGUCACUGGAUGGAUCAGCGUUGUCGAUGAGAAUAUCAGUAGGAGGAAUGAUCUUCAUAUCCGUGUGAUGCGUGCUGGACACUCACUUAUCGGAGGCAUGUAUGCCGAGACUGGAGACUCCAUCUUUGGAAGCUUUUAUAUCCCCGAAGCUGUUCGUCUGAUCAAGAACCGUGAGAAAGGCCACCAAGAGACCGUUCUGCAAAUUGGCCUUGGAGUGGGAAUCGCCUCAGGGUCGUUAAUCCAGCACGGCUUAUUGGUGGAUAUUGUGGAGAUCGACCCUGCGGUUGUCGACUAUGCGACCGAGUACUUUGACUGGCCUGCACCCCACGAAAAGUUUAUCCAGGAUGGCCGACAGUUCAUCAGGAACGCGCCUGAGGGCAAAUACGACUAUGUGAUUCACGAUGUCUUCACAGGCGGCGGCGUCCCACCCUCGCUGUUCUCCCUUGAGGCAUUGCAUGAUAUUCAGCGGAUUAUGAAACCCGAUGGCGUGCUGGCCAUGAACAUGGUGGGUUCAGAGCAUCCGAUCAAGGCUCAAGCCCUCAACUCGGUCCGGCGCACCCUCCACACAGCAUUCAAGCAUGUCGUUGCCUUUAAAGAGUCUCCCGAUGACGACGAUGACUACCAAAACAUUGUCUUUUUUGCCGCGCAGUUCCCCAUUGAAUUCGACCAAUACGAGCCUCCACCAUUCCCCACUCAGGAAGAGAUGGAUUUCUGGAAGAAGCAACAUCAAGAAGGUGGACAUAAUGGUCAUGCCCUCCGACCGAGUGAUAUGCGAGACUGGAUCUUGAGCUCAUUCCAAGAUUGGCCGUUGAAGACACCGUAUGACCCGUCGAAGGGAGAGCUGAUUCUGGAUAGGAAUAAUACGUUGAAUGGGAUGCAGCGUUUGGGGGCCGAGGAUCAUUGGCAUGCGAUGCAUAACAUCUACCCUAUCACCCUCUCCCUCACAGACACGGUCCUCCAUCUCAAGGAGCGAGUCGCAUUGGCCUCAAACACUGCCUCGGACAGAAUGCGACUCGUCUUUUCCGGCAGGGUCCUCAAAGAUACCCAUUCCAUCGAGAGCUGUAACCUGACCCAUGGGAAUGUUGUUCAUAUGGUCCGGAGUCCAGCAGCAACAAAAACAACGACAGCAAUGGCAGCAGCGAGCGCAGCUGUAGGCGCGCAGAGACCUAUACCCUUCAGCAGCUCACCUGCAUUCUCUGUAGCAGCCCCUUUUGCUAUCCCAGAUAGUCGGCAACAACCUGCAGGCACGUUUGGCACCCGGACUGGAUUUACUUCAACAACACCAACAACACCAAACCCAACAGCAGCACAUCCGACGAACGCGCAAACAGGAUUUGGAUAUGGAGUUGGCAAUGGACAACGAGGUCAGGGAAUGGAGGGGGCGGAUGUGAUGAGCCAGAUGAUGCAGGACCCCACGUUUGCACAGUUCAUGUCGUCGAUGCUGCAGAACCCUCAGAUCCUUGAAUCGAUGGUGGCGACCAAUCCGAUGUUGCAGGCCAUGCUGGGACCUGAUAUGCGACACAUUCUGCGGUCACCCCAGUUCCAACAAAUGGUUGCUAGCCCUGAUGCGUUAAGUCAGGUUGCUCAGAUGAGCACCCAAAUGAACAGCAGCGGCAGCAAUGUAGGCGCGCGUCCGACCAGUCCUAUUAACGCCACGGCAGCAUCGCUACCAACAACAGUGCCAUCACCAACAAUGAUGCCACAUGGAAUGGCAGGAAUGCGGUUGCCGUCGUCGCUGAUUGCGGCGAAUGCGCCGGAGAAGCGGUUCCAGGUACAGCUGCAACAGUUGAGUGAAAUGGGGUUCUGGGAUCCAACCAAGAACAUGAGAGCACUUCAGGUCACUGGAGGGGAUGUCAAUAGCGCCAUUGAAAUUCUGUGUUCAGGGGUUUGA